UGUCGGAGGACUUCGGUGCGUUGUAGUCGGCCUGGACCCAGACAAGGGGCAGAUGAUGGCAUGACAUUUCAGAGAGUGGAAACAUCAAGCUGGAAACACUUCUUGUCGCCUCUCCUGCUCUGUAGGCAUCACUUUACUUCAUUUUAAGAUUCUCAGCCUGUUGCUUAAUGGUUGAACGUUACCACAAAGUUUGAGGGUUUAUCAAUCUGGAAUCUGGAUGUCAUCCGCUGACUGUUCUUAAUGACAGAAACAGUGCCUUCACAUUUCAAGACGUUUCAUUUACUUUUUGCAGCACGGGUUGUAUUUGCUUCUUUUCACAAAAAACGACAAAACGUUAUUUGCUCAGGGGGUGCCCAAACUAUUGCCUAGUCCGUAGAAUGACAUCGACUUCGAUCUUUUAUUUUGAAAUCCGGAAGUUGCGUGCACUGCGGAUUUGCUGUAGCUUAAUCGGAGCGGAGAUCGCUGUACUGGCGUACAUCGGAUUCGCAGAGGAUUUUAAUAUCCCGCAGCUGCUUGCAGAAGUCAUGGCGCUUAUGUGCUGCGAUGCUUGAUUGAAAAAUGUGGAAAAAUGUGAGAUAAUGUCGCGAACCUCCGAGCGAACGGCGACCCCCCUUUGCCGUUGCAGUACGGUUACCUUAAACCUCACAGUAGGAGCGCACUGAGAAUUUAAAGUCAGGUGGCUUUGACAGCUUCGCCGCAGUGCAAGAAGAAGUUUGUUGCAGCAACAUCAUAUGUCGCGGAGGCCGUUAGUUGGAGCGUAACGGGAAAAAGACCACAGGAAGGAGAACAGCCUGCAGAGUAGCAGAUGAAGUCCGGGGGAGCCGGACCUCCUGAUGGGGGGUAUGGCUGGGUGGUGGUCACGUCAGCCUUUUUCAUCAUGGGUCUUACUGCUGCUGUCCUCAAGAACUUCGGCAUCUUCUUCUUGGACAUCCAGAGUCACUUCGGAGUCCUGACCAGCACCACCUCCUGGGUCACCGCCACUACCAUUGCCAUGUUUCACCUAGGAGCUCCAGUAGCCAGUGCGCUGACCUUACAGUUUUCUCAGAGAGCGGUCAUCAUAGUCGGUGGCCUGCUGACUGCCUCUGGGAUGUUGUUGGCAUCUCUGGGCCUCAGUCUGCCCUGGCUUUACCUCACCAUGGGCAUCCUGCAAGGAAUUGGCAUUUCCUUCUCAUGGAUCCCUGCCAACAGCAUGGUGAGCCACUACUUUGUGAGGUGGCGUCCCAUCGCCUACGCCAUCGCCAGCUCAGGGGAGUGUGUCUUCGCCAUCAUGUUCAGCCCCUUCUUCCAGUGGCUCAUUGAGAUGUACAGCUGGCAGGGCACCUUACUCAUCAUUGGAGGCCUUCAGCUCAACCUUUGUGUCUGCGGCGCUCUCAUGAGACCUCUGGAGACGACCCAGGGUUCAAUCCAAGAAACCAAAGACUGUCUCGAAGGAAAUGCUGUUGUUCUCCCACCAAAGAGGAAGGUUAUCUUCCACUGCUCCCUGCUGAGAAAUCCUGAACUUUUACUCUACAUCCUGUUCGCCAUCUUUGCAGCGGCAGGUUUUUUCAUCCCACCUCUCUUUCUAGUGCCCUUUGCCAACAGUUUGGGGCUGGAUAAGUACUGGCCAGCCUCUAUCCUUUCUGUCAUGGCACUGGCUGACCUGGCUGGAAGGCUGAUCUGUGGUUGGGUAGCCAACAUGAGGCUGGUGAGGCACCUGCAGCUGCUCACCAUGGUGGUCACUCUUCUCGGGGUCAUGCUCCUGCUGCUGCCAAUCAGCCACAACUACUGGGCCAUCCUGGUCUUCACCUCGCUCUACGGCUUUCUGUUUGGCUGUGUGGUAGCCAUUCAUGUCACCUCCAUUGUGGACAUUGUAACCCUGGAGAGAUUCGACAGCGGACUGGGGAUCUUCAUGCUUUUCAGGAGCAUUGGUGGCUUCAUUGGUCCACCUGCUGCAGGCUGGCUGGUGGACGAGACAAAUGACUACAGCUCUGCCUUCUACUUCUCGGGCCUGUGCCUCAUUUCAUCUGCAGUGUUUGUCGUAAUGGUCGACUACCUGGUUGAGAGGAGAAAGGCCACGGAGGCUGAUGUUCAUCAGGCAAUCAGCCAACAGGAGGACUGGGAAACAGGAAAAGUCAAGUGAGAGUUGUUGCACAAGAUGUUUUUUCUUUUUUUUUUAAACUUGAAUGAGCCUGAGGGGUUUAUGUCAUUGAUAUAUGUCUUGCCAGAGAAGAUUGAGUACAUAGUUCUACCAGGGCCAACUCAGUUAUUGAAAACACAACUCUUUUGCAAGCAUCUUGAGGAACUUGUCUGUCAGACAAAGACAAUCCUGUAGUUUUUACAGCUUGCAAUUAGAUUUUUUUUAAGUAAACUUCCUUGAUCAUAGUAGUUUUAAAUUCUAGUUACAAGAUGUUGACACUGCAGCAUUCAAGCUUUCAUUGUCCCUUGGAGGCACAUUUUCUGAACAAAUGAACAGCCAGCGGGAUUAAGCUAAACUGUUAAAAAAAAAAAGAAAAAAGAAAAAGAAUGUUUAAAGGAUAAGGCUGACAAUAUUCUGUAUUUUACUGACACCAAAUCCCAUGAAAAGACCUAAACCAAAAACGUGAGACCUCUCUACCCUUUCUGUCUCAGCCGCAAGCCCAUUAGUUACCUCUGCCAAACAGGUUAUGUUUUCACCCAUGUCUAUUUGUGUGUUGGUUGGUUUGUUUGUUUAUUUGUAAGCAGGAUUAUCAAAAUUUGUUGGAGGGACGGGGCAUUGGCCAAGGUAGAACCCAUUAAAUUUUUAGCAUAGAUCCAGUAAUUUUUUAAUCACUUUCCUUAACUGGUCUAGUUCUAGUUAGAUAUAAAUUAUAUGUAUAUGAAUUUAUUCUGUUAAAAAAAAUCAUGUGGUUCAUUGAUGUGUUUUUCUUACAGCUUUUAUAAAAUAGAGGGGCUUAGAAAGAUGAAGUGUUUGGUUUUGGUCUUUUCAUGGGAUUUCUUUUUGGAAAAAUACAGACUAUCAGCAGACUUAUCCUUUAUACAUUUUUGCAACAGUAUGUGUGCAGUAUUACAGAUAAGUACUGAAUGAAUCAUUCAGGCAUACUUACUUUUUUGUCCCCUUAUAAUAGAGCCUUUUUAUAAUUUGUCAGCUGGACAUGUGGCUCUGUUUGGGUCCUCCUAAAGCUACAGGAGAGAAUUUCUGAGUAAGACCCAAUGCAUAAGUAUUUUCUAUUUUAUUACUUUCUUUUAAGCUAUAUGACUCCUGUAUGUCAACAAGGGUGUUAACCACAUGUGGGUCAGGUCACAGUGGGGAGCCAUAGUCUGUAAGGAAACUUUUCAGCUGUACAUAACUCAGGUUACUCUGAUAAAGUGGUGUUGAUUUUCUGUGUCACUGGUUGGCAGUGGCACUUAAAGGGCGUUCUUUGUUGCUGCAGUCAUGAUGUAGCUCUUAAGACUUGAAAUUAUUCAACUUGCCCAAUGAAAUCAGUUUUUCUAGUCAGUGGAGGUUGAAUGAGCUUUUAAGGAUAAUUUGAUCUCCAGAUAACUUUUAUUUUUUACUGAAGUACUGUAGUACCACUUUUCAUACGCACAGUCCCCAACUGCAAUGUUUUCUUUGUUUAAAAAUGGACGUACAGAGCCAUUUCAAGGAAUUUGUUUGAACAUUCUGUCAACGUAGAAUUAAUGGCUUCAUAUUACCUCUGUGUCUUCUAAUGUUUUAACUGACAUGAAAUUCAGUCUUAUUUUUUUAAAGGUUUGUGUCAAUAUAUCAGAUGUUUUGCACAUCACAAGUUCUGGUAGCAGUUAAAAACACAACAGUUAAAGAAAUAAAAUCACUGCACCAAUUUUAAAUGCAAGACUCUUAUGUCUGCCUUUUCCUGCCACCUAUAUUGUUUGUCAUAUCUGCCUCCAGCUCUCGUAAAGCGAAAGGCAAAUCCCAAACAGCCUGGUCAGGAGCUGCCUGCUGUAGAAGGAACCUGAAACCGGGAUGAGGAUAUUUGUAGUGCCGUUUAGGAAUCUGUGGUAUGUGCUGUACAAAUUGCUCAAGAGUUAAAGUACAGUUAUGCAACCUAAUUCUCAAAUCAGUUUCAGCUGCUUUCACGUGCUGGUUUCAUAUGCUCUUUCUGCUAGAGCGAAU